AGUUCUCACUUUACCCCACACCUUUUGCUUCUUCUUUACCCAUUCAACCAUUGAUGCUGCACUUUAUAACUCAACAAGUUUCAACUUUCAAAGGUGUUAUUCCAAACUCUGGUUUCAAAACACCACAAUACAAUGAAUCCCAAGGUGAGAGUAAGAACACCAGAACAAGAAGAAGAAGAAUGUGUUUCUCCGGAAAACAACAGUGGAUCUUGGAUGCUUUCAAAGUUCAUUGAGUUACUAUACUUUGAAGAAGAGAAGAAGCACUCAGUUUCCAAAAGCACUAGGGUUUGUCCUCAACAUGUAACAAUGAGAUCCACCCCUUCAACUAAAGGAGUAUUGAAGAGUGUGAAGAGAGUUGGUGAAAGUCCAAAAGAAAAUGCAAGAGCUUCUUCUGUUAUACGCCCACGUGCAGUCUUAUCUAGUCCUGAAAAUGAUGGAUUAAUAGGAAGCAUGAAUGACUUGAACAACAGUACAACAUCACGUAGAAAGGAAGAUGAGGCAUUCAACAAAGGCAAGGCUCCUUUAAAACCAAAACUUCACUUUAGAAACCUUUGAAGUUGCUUGAAAGCAGUGACAUCAGACAAGUUUCAUUGAGUUGGCUUUUAUAAAUACAAUUUGAAAUAGGAACCCUUAUAAAACUAAGAUUUGGUGCAUCAUAUAUGCCAAUAGAGUGUUGUGUAUUUUGAAAAUUCUGACAAUUUUUUGUAAUUUUUGUGUGAAUCGACAAUCUGUUAACCUGUUUAAUUACGUUAGACCGGUGGCAUUUUCUCUUCCUAGUAUAAGCUCAAAUAUUCAAAUUUUUUUCAUAAAUAAUACAUUUAAAAAGAAAUUCUCGCAUUGGAUCGCGUCCCACUUGAUUUCCUGACAAAUUGAAUUUCACCUGUGUUUUGUUGGACCGGUGGCGAAAACCUUACCAGAAUUCAAUUCGCGGUAAGCAUAUUUCUUAUUUGGUCAGAUUGAUAGAGAGACCAGUCAAAAGGCUCUUGAGGAGUGUUUGGUGGGAGACAACUUGCGGAGCUCGACAAGGGCCAUGUUUCUCUUCAACAAAAGUCUCCUCUUCGUAAAGUUUUGCAUAACAUCUUAUAUGUUACCUUGAAAAGAUGAAUUUGAAAAAAAUAUCCCACGAAUUUGACUCAAUUUAGAAUGAAAAUUUGUGUUGUUUUUUUAGAGAAUUUGAAGGUGAAACCGAGUAAAUUUAUGAAUACA